AGUGACCGGCGGCGCGUCCGUGUGGCGGGAGUUGGUUGUUCUGUUGCAUCUAGUUCCGUGAGAUGCGGUGUUCAACCCGGAGUGAGAAACUUCCUUACUUUGCUGUAACGUACGGGAGCUUUCGCGUAGCAACUUAAAACGUCACGUUUGAGAUGUGGCGGUUACAGCUACUGAACAGCUGAGACAUCCUGAGGACUCAGCCCAAAUCGGUUGAGAAACUACUUUAAUCCGAGCAUGAAUCGGGCCGUGGCGUUGCACGUUUCGGGCGUCGUCGUCACGGACGUCCGAGGCACAAAAUGGAAAGUCGGCAACCACAUUGGCACGGGGGGUUUCGGUUCCAUUUUCAUGGCUUGCGAAGCCACUCGGUCCGAUCGAGGCUCUGUUCCUGAGGAUACUAGGAUGGCGAUCAAAGUCGAACCCCACGAUAACGGUAGCUUAUUCACGGAAAUGCAUUUCUACCAUCGGUGUGCCAAAAUCGACAAGAUGGAAGAAUGGCAACGGCAAAGAGGACUGGACUAUGUUGGUAUGCCUCGGCUGCACGGAUCUGGCUCGUUCGUUCAUCGGCGGCAAAAGUACCGUUUCAUCGUUAUCGAUCGAUUCGGAACGGAUCUACAGACAAUUCUGAGCCUCAACGAUGGGAAAAUGCCGCUCAAAACCGCUCUGACUGUUGCAAUACGCGUCACCGACAUACUCGAGUAUAUCCACUUCCAUGGCUAUGUACAUAAAGACGUCAAGGCGCAAAACCUCCUCCUAGGCUUCGAUGAUCCGAACAAAAUAUACCUCGUCGACUUUGGCCUCGCAUGCCGAUAUUUUGUAUACGAAUCCGGCUACGAGGUGCACAAGGAAUUCCGCGAAGAUCUCCGCCGUGCUCACGAUGGUACCAUAGAAUUCACUUCAAGAGACGGUCACAUGGGAGCUCUUUCCAGACGGAGUGAUCUCGAGGUGUUGUUAUAUAAUCUUUUGUUCUGGAUAUCUGGAAAAUUGCCCUGGUCGUCGAAUAGGGAGGAAGCUGAUCAGAUAGCACGUCAAAAAGAUAUCUACAUGCGAGAUCCCCAGACUCUGAUGAUGGCCUGUUUCGGGCGGAAGGGUUCUCCCCCCUACAUUCUUGAAUUCGCUACUUACGUAGCCCGACUAGAAUUCCAUGAUAAGCCGAACUACGAACUGUGCCGCGAAAUGUUCAAACAGGCUAUAUUGAAAAGCGAGUUCAGGCACGACAUGCAGCUACAGUUCGAAGGUGGUGUGCAUCGUGUCCAAGUCAAACGGAGAUGUCGUCGAAGUUAUCACAUAGAGAAAGAAAAACGCCUGAAAGUAGAGCAAGAACUCAACCGGAUUUCGUUAUCCGGAUCCUCAAACGGUUCAGUUCAUACGAGGCUACGCCGGAGAGCCAAUAUGAAUGAAACCAACGGUCACAACACGAACACAGACGAUGACGAUGACUCGUCGACGAGUGACAGACCAUCGUCAGUUCGCCGGAGUUGCUUCGAUUCUCGUCAAAGCUCAGGACGACGGACGGGUUCCACGCGCAGUGUCAGCUCGGUGGCCAGUCCUACAGCCGGAUCUCACAACUCAAACCCUUUCCCGAUAACGAACAACUUUUUUGAAGCUAAAGCCUCAGGACUAGAGAAUCCUACGCCCGCAAUGCAGUCUCUAAUGGAUCGGCUACAGAUAAAACUCCACUCGUUCAGCAACGGGGGCCAUCCCACAAUGGCUCUCUCUUUCAAAGAUAGGAUCUUGGAUUCAGGUGAUCUGUACAGAGCGGAUAGCGUGACUCGACGGAGCAGGAGCUACAGUCCCGAGAUCGCAUAAGAGCGACUCAAUGUGCCGGACCGGUGUAUCUGUUCCGGGGCACUGUACCCCACGAACGAAAAGAUCUUUAUAUAUAUAUCGUAGGAAAGUUUUGUUUAAAUUUAUUGAAGCCCCGCCCCACUUGCCGGUGUGAGAGAGACUUCCAGCAGUCUUGUGAUGGGCGAAUAUUCCCACGUUCGUUCCUGGGGCAUGUGCGGGACAAGCAUUGUAUUGAUUUGUUCAUUCGCCGAGCUCCACGGUAUCGGCGGUGGUGUAUUUUGAGGUUGGAUGUGCAGCUCUGACCGGAUGUUGUAAAUAACGAAAGUUUUAUCUUAUACUGGGAUUACAGUGUCAACAACGUUUGUACAAAGUGUGCAUAUAUGAUGGAAUAAAGCGAAUCCGUGUGCAACUCCACAGGAGUUGUUA